AAUUAAAAUCGGAGUCGGGUCGAGUUUUUAAUUAAACAGUAUAUAAGAAAAGACUUGAUUUAUUUUCAUCUCAGAAGUGGGAUUAUCUCUUAAAUAAUCCACGGCGUUUACUCGAUACGUGGUCUGUUCCUGUGCACGUGAUAGUCCAGCACAGCAAGGACAACCUUAUCGAAUCCUUGUGAAUUUGAAAAUGUGGUCCGUUCGCGAUCGUACAUCAUUAGAAACGGCAACUGUGGAGCGCCUCCAAGCUGAAGCAAAGAGAUUCCAGCUUCCGACCACGGGUACGAGAGACGAGUUAUUUGAGCGUAUCCUGUCGCAUUUGGAGCGCGUUGGCCCGCAGGAUCUGAUGGCGGAAUCGCAAGGUACGUUAGCUUCUUCCUUGCCGGGUGAUUCAGGAGCUGGAGCCGAGUUAGAAGAGCCGCUAACGGCCAAUUUGUUGCGUUCGUCGUUGUCCGAGAUGACAGAGGUCAUGCGGCAACAACAACAAUCUAUCCAGAUGCUGAUUCAACAUUUAACGGCAUCGACCGCGCCAAGGGCGCAAACAUCAACAAAUGAUUUUAUUCCAGUUGUUGUCGCUGACGAGUCAAGGGCGGUUGCCCGGUCGCCUUCAAGUGAAGGACGGUCGGGUAGACAAACCGAAUGUAAUAUUCCGGGUAAUGCCGUUUCCUGGUUGGCUACGCAGAUUCCGGAAUAUGGAGGCACAGAAGAUCAGUGCAUUAAAAAUUGGGUGAAUCGUGUCGAUCAAGUGGCCGCGGUGCAUGGCGCAUCUGAUGGAGUGACAUUACUAGCCGCGACCAGCAAAUUGAUUAAAUUUGCGAAGACAUGGUAUGAGUCGCAGUCGGGCGCUUCAAUCCAGUCGUGGAUCGGGCUCCGGCAAAGGAUGUUCAUCGUCUUUGCAAGGAAAAUUCCGAUGUUUAAAGCCGUACAGAAGGCUGAGGCCAGAAAAUGGAUCCCAGCCAAGGAAACCUUCGACCAAUAUGCAAUUGCCAAAAAUGCUCUAAUAAAUCAACUGGGUCUUCCGGCCGAAGAUACAAUUCAGAUGCUCAUUAGCGGAAUUACUAACACAGCCGUUAGAGCUUCCGCGUUGCUGAUUGCUGACAGCACGUUGGAGCAUUUUAUGGUAAAAAUGCGGGGUCUCACGGAGGGGCUGAGUGACUCAGUGGAAAAGAAAUCGGCGUCGGUUUCCACUUUGGACAAAAAACUAAAUCCUGUCUGUAGAAAUUGCAAUAAAAAAGGUCAUACACAUAAAGAUUGUAAAAAUGAUGUAGUAUGUUUUUAUUGUAAACAAAAAGGUCACCGGCAGUUUGAUUGUCCAACGCUUAAAGAGAAAAACGGGAAGCCGCAACAGUCGAAGCGUCCAGCGUCGGUUGCAGCGCCGGUAACGGAAGUCGCCGCCGGAGUCGAAGUCGUCGCCUUGGUAAACGAGAAGGAAGUCGACCUGCAAUUAGCCGAUCCUUUGGUCAAGUAAGCCGACUGACCUGGUUUCUGACAGAGGCACUGCCUUCUCCUCAAGAGAAUUCGCUGACUUCGUACAGAAAUACCAGAUCAAACAUCGUCUAGUCGCCGUCGCAGCGCCAUGGGCCAACGGUAUGGUUGAGAGGGUAAACAGAUUCCUGAAAAGUUCGUUAACCAAAUUGUUAUCUUCUUCGGAAAAAUGGAAAAAGAAUCUGCAUUAUUUACAAUAUGUGAUAAACAAUACGUACCAUUCGUCCAUAAAAGCGACUCCGUCGAAAAUUUUGUUUGGUUUUGAAAGGCGCUGCCACGACGAUGCACAAUUUGCACUUUUUGUUGAUACACUCGCAAAUGUUGAUUCGGAUCUCGAGACACUAAGAAAUACUGCGCGUGAUGUAGCACUCACUGCGACAGACACGAUACGUAAUUAUAAUAAAAAUUAUCGCGACAAUAGAUUACUUAAACCUUCUAUAUAUAAAAAAGGCGAUUAUGUUCUCGUAAAGAAUUCUCGAAUAAUACCGGGGGAAAACGCGAAGUUGAAACCGCAUUACAAAGGACCUUAUAUGGUACACAAAGUUCUUGGAAAUAAUCGUUAUGUCGUAUGCGACAUUCCAGGCUUCAACAUCGCGUCUCGCCCANUAAAUACUGUUCUUUCUUCAGACCGAAUGAAGAAAUGGAUUAAGGACAUUCCGUCCAACUAAUUGUAAUACGAGCGGAAUUUAUUUUUUUUUUUCAUUUUUAUUUUUAUUUUGUUUUAUUCGUUUUGUAUAUAUAUAUAUUACCGCACGUUUACCUAAGAAAUAUUUGCUACUAAGACUGAAAAAAAAAAAACUAUGUACACUUUGUACGGAUUUUCAUGAAUUUUUUCGAUUUACUUUUCUGUAAACACUUACAUGUGAUAUUUCGGCGAUGUAUUUUGUGUAUCUCACUGCGAUCUAUCACUUUUGUACGAUAUAAUACUGCACGACACAUAUCUAGCCACUCUCAGAAUGUAUUAAAAUUUGAACUUCGGGGACGAAGCUAUUGUCAGGACGACCGAACUGUAAGACGGCACCCGCGAGAGCGCGCCAGCUUCUGGAUGUACCGGCCGUGCAUGCGCCCUGGUGGAUGUUGUCUGUACUAUUAGCGGAAGCACGUGGACUACGGUGCUCCUAAAAAUGGUUUCGAGAAUGUUCGUUAGAAAAUCGAACAUCCGCCUAGAUCGAGGCAACCGGUCACUCUCCAUUGUGAAGGCGUACAGUAUAGUCGAAUCGUUGCCUGAGAGUCAAAUCGGAAAAACGUACAAUUCAAAGAUUCAUUUAUUGUAUUAUAAAAAGUCGUUUAUUUUGUUCAUUAUAUAUUUUAUUUAAAUAUAUACAGUGUUCUAAUUAUACGGAGCGUUUACAAUUAUUUGCAACCUCCUAUUAAUUGUCGGAGCGUGCGUGUGGAAAUCGUAGUGAUCACGCAGGGGCACGUGCUCGCCGUGUUAAAUUUGAAAUAACGUAUUCGAUCAAUCGUUUCAGUCGAAUACGAGAUCGAACAGAAGAUAUUAUUAAACAAAAAUUAAAAUCGG